AUGGAAGAAAGUUUGCACCUUAGCAAUGACACAAUCGGACAAAUAAAAAAUUUUGAAUAUUUUAGUUUAACUGUUGAACAAUCAACGUUAAUUGAUAAACUAAUCUUAAAUGAAGGUUUAAAAGCACGUUAUAAAAAGUAUGGCUUAUUCGCUUUAAAAUGUUUACAUGGUUUAGAAAAUAUUACGGAUGAAUUUUUAAAUGAGCAAUUCGAAGAAGCAGAUGAGAUGAACAAGCUUCGAUCUACAACAAGUUCUGAUGAUGAUCUUUCAUACACUACACAUCCCCGGGCAUAUUAUACUAGCAGGUUUUUGGAUUUUAAAAAUCUUUCAGCACCCAAAAUUGCUAAUGAUGACAAUAAUGACAAUCCAUCUGAAAUUGAAGAUUCCGAAUCUGUAACUAUUGAUUUUUCUAAACUUAGAAUCAAUUCAAAAGUAAUAGCUGAGAAAGAAAUAAAGGAUACCGUAAAAGAUUAG